AUGCCAAUAAUAAAGGUAUUGUCGUCUCUUGACGCAGCUCGAAUACAAUGGUACCAUUUCAAAGCAAUCAUAGUCGCAGGAAUGGGUUUAUUCACCGACGCGUACGAUCUUUUCUGCAUCGCACCGGUCAUGAAAAUGAUUAGCCAUGUUUAUUACCAUGGUGACUCCAUCGAAACAGCUGUUCUCUCUACUUCUUAUGCCAUAGCUUUGCUCGGUACAGCCACCGGUCAACUCGUUUUCGGUUACCUCGGUGACCGAGUCGGUCGUCGCCGAGUUUACGGUCUUUGCCUUAUCAUCAUGAUUCUAAGCUCCUUCGGUUGUGGCUUCUCUGUUUGCACCACGAGUCGGUCUUGUGUUAUGGUUAGUCUCGGUUUUUUCCGGUUUAUUCUUGGUUUGGGUAUUGGUGGUGAUUACCCGCUCUCGGCUACGAUUAUGUCGGAGUUUGCGAAUAAAAGGACACGUGGCGCGUUUAUUGCUGCGGUUUUCUCGAUGCAAGGGUUGGGGAUUCUGGCUAGCUCCGCUGUGACGAUGGCUGUUUGUGUGGCGUUUAAACGCGGUGGUGGGGGUUUGGAGGCGGAGGGAAAAGCUCCGGUGGAAGCUGACGUGGCGUGGAGGUUAAUACUGAUGAUCGGUGCUCUUCCAGCUGCGUUGACGUUUUAUUGGCGUAUGUUGAUGCCUGAAACCGCAAGAUACACAGCACUUGUGGAAAACAAUAUCGUCCAAGCAGCAAAAGACAUGCAAAGAGUCAUGUCAAUAUCUGAUAUCUCCGACGAAACAACGACAGAGCCACCACCUCCACCUCCGCCGCCUUCUUACAAACUCUUCUCCCGCCGCUUUCUCCGCCUCCACGGCCGUGACCUCUUCGCCGCCUCGGUUAAUUGGUUUCUAGUAGACGUUGUCUUCUACACAAGCAACCUCCUCCUCUCCGAAAUCUUCAGUCACUACUCGGACAAACCAUCUUCCUCGACACCCGAAAACGUUUACGACGCAGCCUUCGACGUGGCGGAAUUAGGAGCCAUCAUUGCAGCUUGUUCCACUAUUCCCGGUUACUGGUUCACAGUUUACUUCAUCGACAAGAUAGGUCGUGUAAAAAUCCAGAUUAUGGGGUUUUUCUUCAUGGCCGUUGUUUAUUUGGUCGCUGGUAUUCCGUACAAUCACUAUUGGUCAAAACAUGAACCGAGUAAUAAAGGCUUUAUGGUUCUCUACGGUUUGAUUUUCUUCUUUUGCAACUUUGGUCCCAACACUACAACUUUUAUUAUCCCAGCAGAGCUAUUUCCGGCUAGGUUUAGGUCUACCUGCCACGGGAUAUCCGGCGCCGCGGGUAAGCUUGGGGCUAUAGUAGGAACUGCUGGAUUCCUGUGGGCUACGAUGAAGGUGAACGAUGGAAACCAGGUUUAUUCUCAAGUGAACCGUAUGAGAGUUUGUUUCUUGAUUCUUGGAGGUGUUUGCAUCGCCGGAAUCUUUGUGACGUAUUUCUUCACCAAGGAAACUAUGGGAAGAUCGCUAGAGGAGAACGAGCAUGAACAAGAUGAUAAUGAUGAUGAGAGUGAAGACGAGCCACAAUUUGUUCACGGGCAAUCCUCGGCGAGCACUUUGCUUCAGACACGGUGA